AAUGCUUAAAUCCCUUAAUUCUUUAUAGAUAUGGACGUAAAACAGUCUUGAUUCUUGGUUAAAAGCAAAAAAAGGGCAGUUAGCAAUUAGUUUACGUAAAUAUGUCGAAUGUGCUGCUAGUCUUUAAGCCACUGUGGCGCCGCCUUAUCACCACAAAGAGCUUUUUACGUUGAAAAUUCUCGUGAAUAAAUGCAUAAAUCCCUGAAUUCUUUAUAGAUAUGGACCUAAAACGGUCUCGAUUCUUGAUUAAAAGCAAAAAAACGGGCAGUUACCUUUUAUUUUACGGAAAUAUUGCGAAUUAUGAUACCAGUGUUGUAGCGAUUAAUUUCUCCUAUUGAUUUUUUUUUCACGUUUCAAAAUGCAUGCAUGGUAGGAAAAAUAUAAUAAUUACCUUGUAUCCUCGAACACAUCACUCCUGAGACAAUCCUUCCUGUUUGUUUGCUGUACAGCUUUUGUACAUUUUCAACUUAAAUCCGGCGUUGGAUGGCUGCAUGUGUUUGAGAAUAACUGUGACCAACUUCGACCGACUGAAGCGGCGUGUGACAGCCCCCUACUUGAAGGCGUGGUGCAGUGUCUGGAGAUUGUGUGCCGUCAACAUCAUUAUGAAGUCUAUGGUUUACUAACCUAUAAUUCUGUAUAAAUGCGAAAUCAAAUUGGAGGUAUUGCCUCCUUGGCAGCCACCCUCCGCAAACAUGCUUUACAUGUCGGUUAGCCCUCCUCCUCUAAGCCGCGGCCGUAUAACUUUACUGUCGCCGAAGUAUUCCCAUACCAUUGAUUUCGUUUUCUUAGAGAUGCUUUCAUACCACGGUAUACCUUGAUUUCGUUUUCUUCGAGACGUUUUCAUACCACGGUAUACCUUGAAACUGGUAAUCGGCACAUGUCUACAACCAACAAAAGCGAUAAAAUAGGGCUGUCUCAAACGACUAAUUUCCUCCCGAUUAGUCAGCCGACUAUUUUUACGAUUAGUCGACUAAUCUAAUAAUUUUUUUUUUUUUUUUUUUAAUAAUGAAUUUUUUUGUUGAAGCUUAUUAGUUCACAAAAAAACAUUUUGGAACACCUAAAUUCUUUUAUUAACGUAUGGCUAGAUAACAUAAAUAUCAACAAUAAAUCCCAAACAAUGAGGUCAAAUGCUGCUGGCAUUAAUUACUGCAAAAUAAUGUAAACGGAAACACGGUGACCUCACCUUUUUAACAGGAUUCAAAACAAUUCUUAUUCUUUUUGUGGUAUGUCUAUAUUGUUCUAAAUGUUAAAAUGAAUUGCAAUGUCCCGGACAAUCAUUUUCAGAAUACUUUGUGUGAGUUCAGAUGCUCAUUUUGGUGCGCAUUCCUCAUUUUUUGGGGGAGGGGAAAAACAGUUCAACUCUUGUUUUAAUCUGAAAAUAGAUAAAGCUGAAGGCUCACUGAAGUAUUACAAUUAUUUUGAAUGAAAGGCACAUAUAGUCAUAUUACCGGUAACUAAAAAUUAAAUAUAUAGUACUAAUUUGAUAGUAUACUACUAUAAGUAUACACACAAUGAUACUUUAUAAUUAGGGCUGUCAAAAUUAUCGCGUUAACGCGCGGUAAUUAAUUUUUAAAAUUAAUCACGUUAAAAUAUUUGACGCAAUUAACGCACAUGUCCCGCUCAGAAAGUAUUCUGUCUUUUGGUAAGUUUUACAGCAAGGCUUUUUGCGCUGUCCAACAGCGAACUCUUGUGGUCGCUUUGCGACAUGGUUUAUUCUUUUCUUCUUUUCUUUCUUCAUUAUGGCUGCACGACGUCUCGGCCUGACAAUGUUGUGCUUAUAUGAUCCUUGGACAAGAUUUGUCCGAGAUGUAUCGAGUAUCUCAGGUUCAGAGUCCGACUCAGAGGAAGAAGUUUCAGAUGAGCAUCAGGAAGAGGCAAGCUGGAAUGCCGAUCGUGGGGAUAAUGACUAUUCAGAUGAUGUCAGUUUACCUGGAAGGCUAUCCACCAAAGUGGUGUUCCAAAAUUCAGGCGGACAAUACCUGUCGGUCUACCGCUGCAUUCUACAUGGAAAGUCAGAUAAAGAACAAGACUUGGAGCGCUGUUUAAAGUCCAUCACCCAGAAAACACUAUGGAUAAUUUUUAUGACAGGCGGCGGCCAUUUCGCUGGUGCAGUUUUCCAGGGGAAAGAAGUCCUUCAGCACAAAACCUUCCACCGAUACACUGUGCGGGCAAAAAGGGGCACCACUCAAGGACUCAAGGAUUCUCAAAACAAGAUUCACGCGCCAAAGUCUGCAGGUGCAGCGCUAAGACGCUACAACGAGGUGGCACUAGUCAAGGACAUUCAGGAGCUCUUGGCAAAUUGGGGAGAACACUUAAAGGAAGCAUCUGCUAUAUUCGUACGAGCUCCAAGCUACAAUAAAACUAUCUUCUUCGGAGGCCGUGCGAGUCCAUUGGACAAAAAGGACACUAGGGUCCGCACCAUACCCUUUCCCACACGGAGGGCAACAUUUCGUGAAGUUCAGCGAGUGCACAAUAUGCUUUCCGCAGUUCUGCUUUAUGGGAAGGAUGCUGACAUGUCCACUUUUAGCAGUCCAUCAAAGAAGGCAUGGAAGAAGACUGUCCAACCUGCUGCACCAGUGAGGACUGAAAAAGAGGAAGGAGAAGCAAUCCAAAGCAGCUCAGAUGAGGAGCCAGAUGCGAAAAUCCAUCUUGAAAUGGUGGAGUUGACUAUCAAUACACAGGACCUUAAAGAGUAUGACAUACAAUCGGCCAGACACAAUCGGAGAAGGAGAAGAAGGAAGAAGAAAGACGAGGAAAACAAACAUGACGAAGAGGAUGCAGGAGAACUAAGCAACACAGAAGUAGAUGACAUUGCCCAGGAAGAUGACACUCGUCAACAGACACAACCGAAAAAGAAGCAUAGGAGGAAGAAACGAGUGGAAGAAGCAGUGGAUGACUCGUGGGAGUACAGCCUGAGGGACGACCUCUUCACAGCCUGCAAAGUCGGGGAUGUGGAUGCGUUGUGCCGUCUCCUUCACCUUUCCGGAGAGCCACGGGAGCAGUCAUUGGUGGAGGCUGUGGAUGGCACCAAUCCUUUAAAUCUUCUUAACAAGCAGAUCGACUCCUCGGGGUUCACUUUGCUGCACGUCGCAUCAGCGGCCGCUCAGAAAGAUGUCAUGAGAAUGCUGUUGGAUGCUGGAGCUGACCCGGCAUGCAGUGAUAAAAAAGGGCAGACCCCAUAUAACGUCAGCCCCGACAAAGACACAAGGAACGUGUUUCGUAAAUACAUGGGUGAAAAUCCUGACAAAUACGACUACAACAAGGCUCGGGUUCCCGGACCUCUAACAGCGGAGAUUGAAUCUAUGAAAACUGAGAAGAAGAAGGCUCAAAAGAUGCUGAAAAAACAACGUGAAAAGACCCAGAAGGAGGAGAAACUGAAACAGGAAAUGGAAUUGGAGGAAAAGAAGAAAUUUGCAUCUUUAUCGGAUCGAGAAAAGAGAGCUUUAGCAGCUGAGAAGAGGUUAGCAGCGCAAGUAACUGCAUCUGGAGCCAACCUUUCCAACAUCAGGAGAUGCUGGCAGUGUGGAGAGUCUCUGCUUGGAAAGAUCCCUUUCCGGUACUUGGAUUUCUCUUUCUGCACACCUCGCUGUGUGCAAGAACAUCGCAAAGCUAAUGCGCCAGCAGAAAAGAGCUAACAGACUCGAAAAGGAAGGUACCUUUAAUAUGGUUGUCCUUUUCAGGCUUUCAAAUUAUAAAGUUUGAUCAAAGAUCAAACAGGAUCUGUAUUGUAAAAAUACAUAAGAUUCAGUUUUGCCCUCAGGGGAUAAAAUCAUAAAAAUAGUCAUUGCAUCAAUGUUGGACUGUCAGGUACAAUGUCAUAAAGAAGUGUCAGGGCUACACAAUAAAGCAGAAAAUGGUACAACAAUAAGGAAAAGGAGUUUUAUACGAAACUAAAUGCACGUUAAGAAUAAAAUCGCAUUAUGAUAAUAAAAAUGUUUUGUCUUGUUCCCCAUUGAGUUAACUCAUUGGCUGCCAUUAACCGUGCUUAACGUCCAAUCCAUUUUGACUGGGAGGGUGGCAGUGAUCACUUAUGGGUAUUCACAGCUAGUUAUCCCAGUUUACAAUGGCAGACAAUUAGUUAAAUAUCAUAGGGGCUGGGGUCAACUUUAGAGUGUUACUGGGGUGCAUCAACACAAUGUCUUUUUAUUAAUCACUUUUAUUCAUAAAAAUAUAUAUCAAAAUAAUAUUUUAAAAAAUUACAAUAAUAAGUUUCAAACGAUUACGUCAUACUUGGGACUUCUCUGAGGAAAAAAAUGCUAUUUUAUUCUUAUAAGGUAACAAUUAUUUACCUUAAAUUAGACCUAUGCAUAGACUUCAAUUAUGAAGCCUCUGCCUAUGGCUUUUAUCCAUCAAAAAUCACAAAUAAUUUUCCUAAUGUAAUGAUUGCUUAACUGAUUUCUUUUUCGCAAACAUUUUUGAGGAAAAAAAGAAAAAAUCCAGUCCCGACUGCCUCGAUUCAACCUUUGCACAUUAUUCUGUUUUAUUUACUGUGGCCCUGAUCGUUGUAUGCACAUGCCAAACAAGUUAAAAAUAAUAAAAUCUUUCAUGCUGAUACCAAAAGGAUGGGCUGCAAAUGAUUGUUUCUGACUGGAGUGUCACAAAUUGUGGAUGGCUGCUUUGAGGAGAGGCCGGUCCAUGAAGAGCACCCUUAAAUGUGCUGGCGCACCUUCCAGUUCUAGCACUGUAAUAUUGUUGGGCAGGGUGGUGCUGAGUAGCGGUCCGGGAACAUAAAGGGUCUGCUGCGGGCCUCUGGCUGGCCAGUAUCGCCCCAGAUUAACACCAUUGAUCCACACUUGACCCUAAAAGUGUGGAGAGACAAAAAAAAGUGCAACAAGAUGUGUAAAAUGCCUGAAAUGAUUUCACAUUAAAAAUAAUCUUGGACUACCUUUGUCCAGUCAUUUAACUUGAGAAAUGUGUCCCACGCCACACCACUGGGCUGCAAUGUUCCCAUGUACAAAGCCGGUCCAAUUGAUGGUUCAUUUGUUCUGUCGUGGAGGUUAAAAAUGUGAGGCCACCCAGCAGUAACUACGCCAUCAAUAUCCAAAGGGUACAUUUUCCAAUUGGUUAGAACAUCUUGGCCCAGGAUUAAGUUGCCAACAAGACCCUGGAAUGGUCACAAAUAUGGCUUUGCUCAUGUACUCUGGAGGAAACUCGUAUUAAUGUAAUGUAUUGCAUGAUUGUCUUGCCUUGUAGUCAUUGAUAUGGCUCCCAAAGUUAACUCUGCCCAUAUUCUCCACAAGAAUGUCCACAAUGUCUCCCUGCCGUCCAGUCACAUUUAUCGCUAGUACUGUGUCUCUCUCCAAGACACCCUGGAAAACCUGUUCACAUAUAUUUUGACCAAAAUGUGACUAAUUAUUUGGGUGUCUUUUUCCAUCAAUGAGUUACAUUCAUGGUGAAAAUUUACCCCAUUGACGGACACAUAUGCGCGGUCAUGAACUCCAUUCAAGGGAGAGAUGAGUGGCGUGGGUUCUGCAAGGUCAUGGGGCAAUGUGGUCUGAUACAGCAUGUAUCCAUAGAACUGAACACAAUAGACAUGUUAGCUUAAAGACAAAAUAGUAACAUGGGGACUUCUCUGUUUUAAGAGGGUUCACUUUAUGACCUCACCUGAUUGAGCUUCUCAAAAGUCAAAGGGUACUUGGACUGAACAGGUCCGACAGACAGGAUGUCCAAUAGACUGCUGAUGUUGCCAACCUAGGGUAGGAAAAUGAUUGCAUUGAAGCAGGGGUGUCAAACUCACUUUGGUUCAUAGGUCACAUUCAUGGCAAAUAGAUCUCAUGUAGGCUGGGCUAGUUUAUUUUUGGCCAAAUCAGCUCAAUGGGAUUCAUUCGUCCAUCUGUCAAAAUGGAUUGCACGUUGAGCAUCGACAAUGGCACUCGAAGGUGACUAUUCAUAACCAGUCUGAGUAUGAGUCAAUUGGACGUCUAUCAAUGUCAAUAUCAGGCAGUUAAUUAAUUUAAUGUCACUUCCAGGUGAUUUUAAGAUACUAACGAGUCAUUUCCUGUAAAUUUUGAAUCAUUUCUUGUUGAUUUUUCGGCCAUUUCUGGGCUGCUUCCUGUUAAUUUUAGGACAUUUUCAGGUUACUUCCUCUUGAAAUAGUGUCACUUCCUUCCUAGUUUCAGGGCAUUUUUGGGUCACUUGUUAACUCAUUGACUGCCAUUGACGGUGCUAGAUUUCCAAUCCAUUUUGACUGGCAGAGGGCAAAAGAACGAAUGUAACAAUUGCAGUAGUACACGCACUUGAUCACACAAAUCACAAAUCUACGGUCUUACGGCACCAAUGUCAAAAUAAAAGCAUGUCAUUUUGUUUGUAUGGUACAAAUAAGCUGUAACAUGGCUGUCAAGCUGCUUCUGGCCCGCGGCCCGUACAUUUGACGCUACUGCAUUCAAGUAUGAACAUGGAAACCUCCAAGAAGCAAAGAUCAUUUACAAAAUCGUCUAUAUCAGAAUGGCUUCCAACAAAUUACAACACGAGUGCUCUCGCAAAUGACAAAAUGCUUGGAAGAGAUAUAAAAAUGUACCUUUUUUAACAUUGCUAACCCAUAGGCAAAUUUGGGAGUAGCAGGUGGCAUGGGUCCGAAAGGAAUGGCUUUAAACUGCAGAGACCAAAAAAAGGAUUUCAAAGACUACAAAAUGGACUUUGCAAAAUGUAGUAAUUGGCGUGCCAAUCGGUAAUACCAUUUUAAUGACUUCUCUGAUUGCUAUUAACUUUUCUGUGGGAUCACCCGCUUCUGAUAGUGGAGCGUCAUAGUCAUAACUAGUAACCACAGGACGGAACCUGUUGUCGUGGUCGGCACCUUUGGAUGAAAUUUUACAAUAUAUCACACAAAGAAACGAACGUGAUUUUAAAUGCCGUCAUUAUGAGUGUGAUUUUUAACCGCACCAUUCCAGUAGCCAAAGUUGGUCCCACCUUCAAACAUGUACCUGAAGGGGAAAAAGUAUUUACCUAACUGGAACUCCAUAGUUUGAAAUGAAAGAAAACCCCCAACAAGACCUGAGUGCUCGUUGCUACAUACAUGUUAACGUUAGCCCCCAUGCUUAGCAUCUCUGCUAACCCUCUGCUGACCCUCUUUGUAUCAACCAUGGCAUGCUCAUCUCCCCAGUGGUCCAACCAGCCAGUGUAAUACUCCGAAUUGACCUGCAAAUGGACAAACAACACUUUUCAUAUUUUUUACACGUCAAUAAAUACUGAGAGCAUAACUCCAUUUCAUAACUCACCAAAGGACCUUGCGGUUCAAACUUCCUUUGCCUAUUAAAGGCUUCAGUUAUGUUGUCACCUGUCAAAAACAAAUAAUGGGAUUUUUUGUCACUCUGUAUUAAUACUUUUCUGCAAAUGUCAACCUGUGCCAAAAUCCACAGUGGCAUAUAAUCCGUCCAGGGUCCCGCAUGUCAUUUCCUUGUCCGUGUUGCCAUCAGUGGUGAACAGAACAGUGUCUUUGCCCAGAUGACCUUGCAGCAGAGCUCGCAGGUGACGCAUGUAGUUGUAGUCACAAGCAAAGUAGCUUCCAUACUCGUUUUCAACCUGAAAAUGGAAACAACCAGCAAAAUAGCUUCCAUACUCGUUUUCAACCUGAAAAUGGAAACAACCAGCAAAAUGGAUUUGGAUGUUCCACUGUGAAGUAAAUAGUUAUUCCUUUACCUGGACGCUAAUGAUGUUUCCUCCAUUAACAUAUAACCAGCGCUUCAUUUUAGGAAGGAGAACAGCGAACCAGUUAGUGACUGCCAGUAAAUAAUCUAGAAAACAAAAAAUCAUUUGAAGGAGGAAAGCAAAACUUGUAUUCCCUCACAUUUCUAUGGUGUACCUGUGUCAGAUGAGCGUAGUAUAAUGUUUUUUUGGAGCAACCAAGCCGGCAGUCCACCCUUUAAGACAAAUCCAUCCAAAUUCAAGUUAAUGGACAUCAUAAGGAUGGAUCUUGCAUGUAAAAUGAAGAAGCUGCAAUAUUUUGGCAUUGGUUCAUCUGAUUCCAUCAGAAUCAUUGAUUAUUCACGAUUGUAUUCAGAUUAAUCCAUCAUGAACUUGUUCACUCACUGCCAAUGAUGAUGUUUUCGCCCAGUUCAAAUUGAUUGGUUGUCAAUUGAUGUUAUGGCAGUCAAAGAGUUAACCAAGUUAUGGAUGUUUAUAAUGCAAAAACAGAUUUCUCACCAUCUCCCAUUCGGCACAGAUGUACGGGCCUGGGCGCAAGAUAACCAAAAGGCCUGUCUGAUUGGCCAAAUCCAAGAAAUGCUCCAAAUCUCGGUCCCCUGUAAAGUUGUGGACCCCCUCCACUGUCUCGUGGAAGUUCCAAGGAACAUAUCUGCAUUAGGAGAGAUAAAAAAAAAAAAAAAAACACACCAACUGUUCAGACUUUGUCCUCUUUGUUGUUUUUGUAUCUUCAGGAUUACAUUUGGAUGGUGUUGAGCCCUGUCAUGUACAUCUUUAACAACCGAUCCUUCCAGUAAAAGCGUGGGAUUCGGGAGUAGUGGAUGCUGCCUGAGAUGUAUUGAAAGGGAUGACCAUCUUUCAGGAAACAACUGUUUUUGUAGUCUAUUGAGAAGGAUCUGUCAGAUGACUCCUGCAAGUAAAAAAUGUGUUCUGAAAAAUAGACUUCACGGCAUUACAGCUUAGGGCGGUGUUAGUUAAUUCUAAGUUAUUUGGAAACUAUGCAUUGUCAGAUCAUAUUUCCCAGCUCUGCAUUAAAAUACAUAUAUAUCUAAAACCAACAACUUCACAAUAAUCGUGCGAUAACUGAUCAGUGUAAUAUUGUCAACCAAAAAGUGCAAGGUUAGCUUUGUAGAGGCAUAUUAUUUAAUGCAGCCUAAUGAGAAAGAAAUUGGUAAAUUCCAUCAUUGUUAUAUGUGUCUAUACAACCAAAUGAUGAAAAUUGUUGACGUAACUGAAUGGGUACUGUAGGUACUUAUUUAAAAAAAAAAAAAAAAAAAAGUACACGUUAUAUUUGCAAUCUUACCCCAUGGGCAGAGCACACACCGCACACUGUUACGAAAAAGAAGACACUCGCGUACAUUUCCAUGCCACUCAGCAUUUCACGCAAUCAAAAGCUUAAACAUGUCAAUUGCUAGAGUGUUAAACAU